AUGAUAGACACCCAAGCAUUCAACCAGGAGUCCCCGUUCAAGCAAACACAUAACGAUUCAGCAAGUCAUUAUAACCUUACAAAUACGACUCAGGAUCUUGUAAAGUUUCAGUUACAAGAGCAGUACAGGUCUUCGUUGAACGUGGCAGCUGAUGCCAACCCUAAUGGGCCAUCACCAUCUUUGUUUCACGACUCGUUUCGGUCUCAAGACUCAUUCAAUAAUCAUUUACAGGCGAGUGCUGCGUUAUACCCUUCGUUGAUCAACAUCCCUAGCUUAUCGUCCACACCAACAUCCACCGAUGACGAUGAGGCUGAAAAUUAUAGCCUUGACAUGUUUUUACAAUCAAACAAGCCCAAUUACAUGAAUUUGAAGAUCUUGAUUGAGAAUGCAGCCUUUGAUUCAGACCAGCUCGGCAACGAAUCUGUUCUACCUUUACAUGAAAUAGAGAAACUAAAACAGAAAGUUGAGGAAAAGCAAGAACUACAACAAUACUUGCUUUCAAAGAUAGCUGUGUCUCAGCAAUUUAUCAAUGAAGUGGUGUACAAGGACAAUGUGGAUUCGGAAACUUUAAUAAGGGUAAUUAAAACGGUUUCAUCUUUGCAAAGCCAACUAAUUUCCAACAACAAAGAAUUGGAUGACGCAAGACAAAAAGUCAACAACCACAACUUGUCGUGUAUGCUUCUAGGAUAUAUUGAAGAUGUGAAACGUAGCCGUCUUGAUGAAGAAGACCAGAGCACCGAAACCUUGUCAGAAGAUCAAGUGGGCAAAUUACCAUCUUCAACGACUUCGUCGCCCACCAAACAAAGCCACUCAUCCCCCAAACUUUUUGAGUCACUCUGUGCACACAUUGCUAGUAUCGCUGCUCAAAGAAAUGUUACACUUGCUCCACCUCCCACAGAUGACGAUGAUGUCGCAGUCAAGCUCAGUUGGAUGCAGCAUAGCAUUGAUGCUGUACUUUUGAAACCGGCGACUUCACAGUUAACAGAAGAUACUACUGUGAUUGCUAACAAUUCUAUGACUGAAAAGCUGUUUACUUCAUCACCUUCCACAGACUCAAGCAAAACUCUUGCCGAGUAUAGAACCGCCUUGACCGAUUUGAAGUUCUCUUAUCAAUACUUGGCCAAAGAAUACGAGCUUUCAAGAAUCAGCUCAUCAAAACUUAUUCAAGAUUAUAGGAAAAGAAUUGAAAAGUUGGAAAAGAACAAGGGAAUCUUUGACUCAGAUUCUUGUCGAAGCUCUGUGUCCGGUUCAAUUUCACCCAUUCACGCAACUUCCCUUGAGAGCAAAAAUAAAGAAAUAACUAAACUACGUAAAGAGCUCAAUUUGCUAAAGGUUGACAACAUUGGCGUGUCUAAACGUUCUUCAGCUGCAACCUCGUUGAAACACAGUAGUGCAGAUUUUUCAUCUCCACAGGUGGGUAAAAACUCAGGAACCAGCGAUGAAGAUGAUACAACAAGUCAAAUCCUGUCCGUAGCGUCGCGAGGUGGAGCAACAUCUGCAAGUGGCGUAAGUAAUGGCAUAUUAAGGAGUGAGUUCAAGAAGAUUGUGAGUGAAAUGCAAGAUUUCUACGAACAGGAAUUGGCUGAAGAGAGGAUGGUUCGAAAGAGGCUAGAAGAGGACUUUGAUCGGUUAAGUAGCCAGCAUGCUAAAAAAUAG